CUCUCUCCAACAGAAACGAAAUAAGCCCCAAGAUUCCAGUUCUUGCUCUAUCUGCAACUUUGAAAACCCUAGUUUUCUCUCUUUCUCGAUCUCUUCUGUUUUCUACUCAGUACGGCAAUGGCGGAUGUGCAGAUGGAAAACGCAGAGACCUUCGCCUUCCAGGCGGAGAUCAACCAGCUCCUGAGCCUUAUCAUCAACACGUUCUACAGCAAUAAGGAGAUAUUCCUGCGGGAGCUCAUUAGCAACUCGUCCGACGCGCUGGACAAGAUCCGGUUCGAGAGCCUCACUGAUAAGAGCAAGCUCUAUGCCCAGCCCGAGCUCUUCAUCCGGAUCGUCCCUGAUAAGGUCAACAAGACCCUCUCCAUCAUCGACAGUGGGAUAGGCAUGACCAAAGCAGAUCUGGUGAACAAUUUGGGAACAAUUGCUAGGUCUGGGACAAAAGAAUUCAUGGAGGCAUUGCAGGCAGGAGCUGAUGUGAGCAUGAUUGGUCAGUUUGGUGUUGGAUUCUACUCGGCCUACCUGGUUGCCGAGAAGGUUAUUGUCACCACCAAGCAUAAUGAUGAUGAGCAGUACAUCUGGGAGUCGCAAGCAGGUGGUUCCUUCACUGUCACCAGGGAUUUGAAUGGUGAGCAGCUUGGUAGAGGUACAAAGAUCACCCUCUAUCUGAAGGAAGACCAGCUUGAGUACUUGGAAGAGAGGAGAUUGAAGGAUCUUGUGAAGAAGCACUCUGAAUUCAUCAGCUACCCUAUUUAUCUUUGGACUGAGAAGACGACGGAGAAGGAGGUUAGUGAUGAUGAGGAUGAGGAGACCAAGAAGGAAGAGGAAGGUGAUGUUGAAGAAGUUGAUGAGGAAAAGGAGACCAAAUCCAAGAAGAAGAAGGUGAAGGAGGUCUCCCAUGAAUGGGCUCUGAUCAACAAACAGAAGCCCAUCUGGCUGCGCAAGCCGGAGGAGAUCACCAAGGACGAGUAUGCGUCCUUCUACAAGAGCUUGACCAAUGACUGGGAAGAGCACCUCGCUGUCAAGCACUUCUCUGUGGAGGGCCAGCUUGAAUUCAAGGCAAUCCUCUUUGUUCCAAAGAGGGCCCCGUUCGAUCUCUUUGACACGAGGAAGAAGAUGAACAACAUCAAACUCUAUGUUCGGAGGGUGUUCAUCAUGGACAACUGCGAGGAGCUCAUUCCUGAGUUUCUUGGAUUUGUGAAGGGCGUUGUUGACUCUGAUGAUCUCCCACUCAACAUCUCUCGAGAAAUGCUGCAGCAGAACAAGAUUCUUAAGGUAAUCCGAAAGAAUCUUGUGAAAAAAUGCAUUGAGAUGUUUACUGAGAUUUCCGAGAACAAAGAGGACUAUGCCAAGUUCUAUGAAGCUUUCUCAAAGAAUCUGAAGUUGGGCAUCCAUGAGGACAGCCAGAACAGGGCAAAGCUGGCGGACUUGCUCCGAUACCACUCCACAAAGAGUGGCGAGGAGAUGACGAGCCUGAAGGACUAUGUGACAAGAAUGAAGGAGGGACAGAAAGACAUCUUCUACAUCACCGGUGAAAGCAAGAAAGCUGUUGAGAACUCUCCGUUCCUGGAGCGGCUGAAGAGGAAAGGGUACGAGGUUCUCUUCAUGGUGGAUGCCAUUGAUGAAUAUGCAGUUGGGCAGCUAAAGGAGUACGACGGGAAGAAGCUUGUCUCAGCCACCAAGGAAGGCUUGAAGCUUGAGGAAGAGUCGGAGGAAGAGAAGAAGAAAAAGGAAGAGAAGAAGGCUGCCUUUGAGGUCCUCUGCAAGACCAUGAAGGAGAUCUUGGGAGACAAGGUUGAGAAGGUGGUUGUGUCCGAGAGGAUUGUCGACUCCCCUUGCUGUUUGGUGACAGGAGAGUAUGGCUGGACGGCAAACAUGGAGAGGAUUAUGAAGGCGCAAGCCCUGAGGGACAGCAGCAUGAGCUCCUACAUGUCGAGCAAGAAGACGAUGGAGAUCAACCCCGACAAUGGCAUUAUGGAGGAGCUGAGGAAGCGGGCGGAGGCCGACAAGAAUGACAAGUCUGUAAAAGAUCUUGUGAUGUUGCUCUUUGAGACUGCGCUGCUGACUUCAGGAUUCAGCUUGGAUGAUCCGAACACCUUUGCAGGAAGGAUCCACAGGAUGUUGAAGCUGGGUUUGAGUAUUGAUGAAGAUGAGGAGGCUGGAGCAGAAGAUGCUGACAUGCCAGCCUUGGAGGAGGAAGGCAAUGAGGAGAGUAAGAUGGAGGAAGUUGAUUGAGAUAAGGUGUCCUACCGCUUCUUCAAUGGAUGAGUGAAGAAAAUGUGAAAAUCUUGAAGGCUUUUUUUUUAUUUCUUUUCUUUUUUAAAGCUAGUAAAUGUGUGGGGUAGUGGUGCUAUUAUUCAGACCAGUGUAUCCUUUAAAGUAGUAGUUUUGCAGGUUGUUGGGGUUGGUCUCGUAUUGGAUUUGGGAUGUUUUUUCAUGGUUCUCAAGGACAAUGACAAUGGUGGGUUUUGUGUAGUAA